AUGAACGGCUACGGCUCCCCCUACCUGUACAUGGGCGGCCCGGUGGCGCAGCCGCCGCGGGCGCCCCUGCAGCGCACGCCCAAGUGCGCGCGCUGCCGCAACCACGGCGUGCUGUCCUGGCUUAAGGGCCACAAACGCUACUGCCGCUUCAAGGACUGCACCUGCGAGAAGUGCAUCCUCAUCAUCGAGCGGCAACGGGUCAUGGCGGCGCAGGUGGCGCUGCGGCGGCAGCAAGCCAACGAGAGCCUGGAGAGCCUCAUCCCCGACUCGCUGCGCGCCCUGCCUGGGCCCCCGCCGUCCGGCGACGCCGGCACCAACCCGCCGCCACCGCCGCCCACCUCGCAGCCGUCACAGCCGCCGCCGCGCCCAGCCUCAGAGUUGGCCGCGGCCGCUGCGCUGCGCUGGGCCGCCGAGCCCCAGCCCGGGGUGCUGCAGGCGCCGCUCGCCAAGCCAGAUUUGCCUGAGGAACGCCUCGGUGACAGCACCCCAGCCGACAACACAGAGGCCUUCAGCGACAAAGACACGGACCACCAGGGCUCCCCAGACGUGGCCAAGAGCAAGAGCUGCUUGGCCCCCGAGAGCCCCGAGAUGGUGUCCGUGGAUGAAGGCGGGUAUGCCGUCCAGAAGAACGGAGGGUCCUCUGAGAGCCGCCCCGACAGCCCCAAGUACCACGGGGAGCAGAACCACCUCCUGAUCGAGGGCCCCUCGGGAACCGUGUCUCUGCCCUUUAGCUUGAAAGCCAACAGACCCCCUCUGGACGUGUUAAAAAAGAUCUUCCCCAACCAGAAGCCGACGGUGCUGGAGCUGAUCCUGAAGGGCUGCGGGGGGGACCUGGUGAGUGCCGUCGAGGUCCUGCUGUCCAGCCGGUCCUCUGUAGCCGGGGCCGAGCGAACUUCCUCGGAGCCCGAGAGCCUGGUUCUGCCCUCCAAUGGGCAUAUCUUCGAACACACUCUGAGCUCCUACCCCAUCUCCUCUUCCAAGUGGUCAGUGGGAUCAGCCUUCAGGGUCCCCGACACGCUGCGGUUCUCUGCCGACUCCGGGAAUGUUGUGCCCAACCCCUUGGCCGUCCCCCUGCAGCACCCCUUCCCCCAGCCGCCCCGCUACCCCCUGAUGCUGAGGAACACGCUGGCGCGAAACCAGUCGAGCCCCUUCUUGCCCAACGAUGUCACGCUCUGGAACACCAUGACGCUGCAGCAGCAGUACCAGCUGAGGCCCCAGUACGUCAGCCCCUUCUCCAGUAACUCGUCCGGCCUCUUCCGGAGCUCUCCCGUCCUCCCCAGCCGCCCCGCCGAAGACCCUCGGCUCUCCCUGCCCGAUGACGGCUGCCCGAUUGCGGCCAAGCAGGCCAUCUACACCGAGGAUGAGUACGACGAGAGGUCCGACUCGUCAGACUCUAGAAUACUCAACACGUCAUCUUAA